AUGCGCCUCUCCCACCUCCCAACCCUGCUGCUCCUGGCAGCGCCCUCGUUUUCGUCUACUGCGUGGGCGGGCGCGCCACCUGCCAGCACAGAGACAAUCACGAUUGCAGAUUCUGCGACUGUCACCAAUGUCGAGCGCGGCGUUAGUGUUGGCGUUGGUGCUGGAGUGACAGUGACCGUCGGCGAAGGCGAGGCCUGCACAGCCACUCCUGCCCCGGCGCAGACGCAGACAGUGACCGUCACCGAAGGGGACUCCGGUCCUGGCCUUGGUGUCGGUGUUGGUGCCGGCGUCACAGUGACUGAGGGGAUUACUGUCACCGCAACAGUGACUAUCGGCCUUGGUCUCGGUGGUGACCAUGAUCACUAUCCAACCUGGACCUGGCCCUGGCCUCACGAACCGACCACGGUGACUGUGACUGUGAGUCCUGACCCUACUACGGUCACUAUCACUCCGGACCCGACGACUGUCACUGUUCCUGGGGAUGAGACAACUAUCACCGUUCCUGGAGAGGAGACAACCGUUACUGUUCCUGGAGGAGAAACUACCGUCACCGUUCCUGGGGAGGAGACAACUAUCACCGUGCCAGGAGGAGAGACUACUGUUACUGUCCCAGGAGAAGAAACAACCAUUACUGUUCCUGGAGGAGAGACUACCGUUACCGUUCCUGGGGAUGAGACUACUAUUACCGUCCCUGGAGGAGAGACCACCGUUACUGUCCCCGGAGAAGAGACAACAGUCACUAUUCCCGGGGAGGAGACUACUGUUACGAUUCCUGGAACGGUCACUACACUGCCUGGCGAGACCACGACCAUCUCAGGAUCGGUCACUACUCUGCCUCCAGUUACCACCACCCUUCCCCCGGUUACCACGACUAUUACGGGGUCAGUCACUACUAUCACAGGUUCAGUUACUACAAUAUCAGGAUCGGUGACAACAUUGCCUGGUGUGACAACUACAAUAUCAGGAUCGGUGACCACUAUCCCUGGCUCUGUGACAACUAUUCCUGGGUCCAUCACCACUAUACCUGGGUCUGUCACCACCGUCCCUGGUGAAACCGUCACUCGAACUACCACGAUUACUGGCCCGACUGGCGUUGAAACCGUCGUUGUAACUGAGGUCAUCACCACGACCGUUAUUGGCACUGAGACUGGCCCUGGUACAACCGUCACGGUAACUCUGACUGAUAACGACCCCGGUACUACUGGAACCGUUACCGAACCCGGAACAACCGUCACGGCGACUGUCUGCCCCCCUCUGGUUUCCAACCCAACAUACACUCCACCCGCACCGCUCCCCACUGACUACACCUGGGGUUGUGCACCAGGCUACCUCUGCAGGCCUCGUCGUCUCGACAUUGCUGGCGAGUGUAACGUCGAGGCAGGGCUACCCGCUGAAGGCUACGUCUGCCGACCAGAGGAGUGUAUCAAGAGCCAUCCGUACAUCGAAGACCAAACCUGGGGCGAUCCUGUAGUAUCGGACGAAGUCGGAACCUGGAAUGUCUCCCAAGACUACUUCAACCUGAACCCCGAACAGUUCGGUCUGAACUACUCCAUCUUCCGGUUCCCUGACGGCCACGGCGGAUACACUGCGCGUCAGAAGAAGUCCACCAUCCCCAUCUCCGGCGGUGGCCUUUUGUCACGACUGCUACGUCGUCAGCAGGAUAUCAUUACAGAACCCGACUUCCCUGACGUCUGCUACGAUGAUUGUAACUCUGCAGCCCUGGAGGCCCAGAAGACUGGAAAGGACCCGGACCUUUGCGGUGCGGAUUCAGCCUUCACGACCCUCUUAGGCCAGUGCACGGACUGUAACGAACGAUGGGCCGACGAUGAUGAUGCCGACAGCGAUGAUGAUUCCAGCUUCAUCCCCCCUGACUUCUUACAGUGGGUCAACUAUUGCGCGGAUGAAGACGAUGACUCGAGUCCCACUGGAGAGCCCAUCACGACCCCCAGCUCGACAUCGACAUCCUCGUCGACGUCGACUUCUUCGGAUUCUGAGAGUGAGACUACGCAGACAUCAACAUCAACGACAGACACUGACACUUCGCCUACAGCAACAGACACUUCGACCGAGUCACCAAGUAGUACGUCUAGUAACCCCAGCUCGACAAACAGUGAUUCUGCAUCUACAUCUGCGACUGCGACUGCGACUUCUGAUUCAACUUCUGCCUCAGCUUCUGAUUCAUCUUCAUCUUCCGCUUCUGAUUCUGCUUCUGACUCUGAUUCUGAUUCUGCGUCUCCUACUUCGUCUGACUCUGGCUCUGACUCCGAUUCUGACUCUACAUCCGCUACAGCGACAGGCACAGAUACAGAUACCACGCCCACCGACACGGCCUCCAACGCGCCACCACAAACCUCAACCCCUGUCAUACCAGGCGGGUCUCCCACCGGCUCUGCCCCGUCUGACACGCCGUCGCCGCCGACCUUCACCGGUGCAGCUUCCUCGCACGGCGUGCCGAUGUACUGGGGUAUUAUCCCGAUCGUGGUUGGGCUGGUUGUGUAG